CUCAUCUGAAACAAAAACACCUCCUCAAACAUCACAUCAUAGAUUAAAUCGGCCAUUUUCACCUUAUUCUUGACAUACUGUAAUUUCCUACCUUCCUUUCCCUAAUAAAUUUCCCAACAAAACAAUCAGAAAUCUCUCAUAAUGGCAACAAUCUACCGGAACGGACGAUUCUUCACCGGAAGUGACAAAAGUUUUGCAAAAUGUAUUAUCGUCCAAGAUGGGUUGAUCCAAUAUGUAGGAGACGAGAGUCAUCCCACUAUUGAGAAAAUGAAGAAAGGAAAUUUCAACGAGGUAGAUAUGCUAGGAAGAACCAUUCUACCAGGAUUCAUCGAUGGCCAUAUGCAUCUCAUGCUCCUCGGAUCCUCACUUAAACAGUUAAGUUUGGAAAAAUGCAAAAGCUUGGAGGACAUAAGAGCAACCAUCAAGGCAUAUGCAGUCACCAAGCCCUCACUCCCGAGAAUUCUUUGUCGAGGGUGGAUGCAUUCUAUGACGAAUGGAGAGGCCUUUGCUAGUAUGAUUGAUGAUCUAGAUGAUAGGCCGAUAUUAAUUGAUUCGAAAGAUCUUCAUUUCACAUGGUGCAAUAGUGCUGCAUUGCAAGAGCUUGGCGUCGAAGACAAGGAGGAUCCUGCUGGUGGCAAAAUUCACAGAGAUGAGAAUGGGAAAACUACAGGAUUGUUGAGCGAGACUGCUGCUCAGGUCUUUGCUUGGCCUCAUUUUGCGAAUGUCUCUUCAAUGGACCAAAAGUUGGAGGCUAUUGAAGAAGCGAUAACUGCUUAUACUGCUGUUGGUUGUACCGGAAUGGUCGAGAUGGCUAUGGAUGAGAAUGUAUGGGAAGUUCUACAGGUUCUGCAGUCUCGGGUAAGUGGGCUCAAGGGUUCUUUCUCAUCAAUAAACCUCCAAAUGAUGUAAACUGACUGUAUAUCCAGAAAGAUUUGCCCUUCCGAUUGGCUGCGUAUUGGCUAAUUCAACCAAGUCCAAACGAAGAGAAAAUGAUCUCCCAAGUAGACCGAGCUAUAGAACUCCACCGGAAAUAUAAUCUCACGACGUCUCCAAAUUGCCGCAUCGCUGGUAUAAAGAUAAUCUGUGAUGGUGUAGUUGACGCCUGCACAGCAGCUCUCCAAGAACCCUAUUGCAACGGUAAAGAUCCAGAAUCCCUAUGGACACCAGAUAUGCUUCGAAGAAUUGUCAAGCACGCGGAUUCUUCGGAUCUUCAAUGCGCACUUCAUGCGAUUGGUGACAGGGCGAUCAAAAUGGCAGUCGACACUUUAGAGGCUGUCUACAAACCUGGAAAAAGACAUCGUAUAGAACACCUCGAAAUGGCCUCGCCCACAGACGCAAAAAGACUGGGUCAACUCGGUAUCACAGCCUCAAUCCAGCCAGUCCAUUCCGAUCCCGCCAUUCUAGGAGCCUGGCCAAAACUUAUUGGAAACCAUCGAGCUUCUCGCGCAUUCCCAUACAAUGAGUUCCAUGAAGGGGGCGCUGUCUUAGCUCUCGGGUCAGAUUCUCCUACUGCACCACAUGAUCCGCUAGUUAAUUUGUACACUGCUACGACGAGAAGAUCUGCGCGCGAUUUAGAGAAUAAGAGUGUUGUUAACGAGGCUGCUAUUCUAUCUCUUGCUACUGCAAUCUCGGCUGCGACGAAGGGGGCGGCUUAUUCUUGUUUUGCCGAUGCUUACACAGGGAGUUUGGAAGUGGGAAAGACAGCUGAUUUUGUGGUUCUGGAUAUGGAAUGGAGUCCGGGGAACUUACUGGAAGCAAGAGUUGUACAGACUUGGUUUGAGGGACAGAAGGUUUAUGCUGUUGAUUGCUGAUCUUAUAUUCUCUUGAGAGGGCAUCGAUGGAUUAAUAAAUUACUCGAUAUGCGCCUAAGUAUGUUUGCCAUUCCAUUCACAUCGAGCCUUUCUACCCAAUCCUAUUUAAGUGUCUUGCAGCCAACGUGGAGUUCGCAGGCAAGCAAUCAACUCCAAUCCCCCCUUGUAUCCCAUCACAAACAAUCACAGGCGGACUACCCAUCGGACUCGUGAGAUCAAUGCCAUCAAGCUUGAUAUUG